AUGUCUUUCGUUCUCGGCGGUGGCUCCAACCCGGCAUUCGGCCGUGACCCCGGCCCGCCCCCUCCCCGCACUCCUCGUCCCGGCGCCUUCCCUCCCGGCUCCGUUCCCAACCCAGCCGGUGUCCCCCGCGUCAUCCCCGGCAUGCCAGCCCCCGCUCCCGCCUAUGGCUUCGCCGCUCAACAGCCCGCAGUCGCACCCGCGGCUGUGGCUUCGCCGUACUACUACGCGCAGCCCGCCCCAGCUGCCCCGGCCGCCGCUCCUCCCGCCUGGGGCAGCGCCAUGGCCGCCACGCCCAGUCUCUUCCCCCAACCCUACCAGUACAUCUCGGGCCUGGGCGGCAGCGGCCGCACCCCCCAACCCUAUCCCGUAAUCAACCCCAACAUGCCGGCGGCCAACAUGAUGAACAGCACCGGCGGCGUCGGCUGCGAGCCGGGCUACAACUACUUCUUCCCGCCCGAGCACACCAAGAUCCACGUCUUCAAGUGCGGCGCCACGCCGCCCUGGCACCAGCCGCCCAACGCCCGCUUGCCGUUUCACGCCUGCCACGUGCCUGUCUCCACCACGGUGCAGGAGCUCAUGUACGGGUUUGGCGCGACGAACCCGAGCAAGAAGAAGAACAAGCUGUUUGAGGUGGUGCAGGGUGGUAAUGGGCGCUGGUAUCGUGGGCUGGCGUUCAGGGGCGAUGAUAAGGAGUUGUUGCAGAAGACUUGCAAGGAUUUGGGAUGGGAUAAGAGCAGGAGUGGAUUGCCGGGGCAGAAGCCGGUGGUUUAUCUCUAUGUUACGAAGGACUGAUGGGGUUCCCGACCGGGUGAAGAGAUAGCGGUAUGUUCGUUGCCGUUGCCGUUGCCAGGAGCUUUGUGUGGUUUGCUCUGGAGAGGUGGGAGGGAUGGUUUCUUACCUACGCGCCGGUGGUGGAUGGUUGUGCGCUUUUCUUAAAAUGGUUUCAGUUCCAGUUCU